AGUCAGGAUCUCCCAUCAGUCGAAGCUGUCGUCUGAACCCCGAGCACUACGUCGUCGUUUCUGGGCGGUUCCCUAACCUCGCCGUGUCCGGCGCUUCCCUUCUCAUCUCAUCUCCCCACCUCGUCCUCUCCUCCUUCAAAACUCAAAUUUCUCAACAAAAAAAAGAAAAAAGGAAAGGGGGCAAUUCAUAAAGGCACCGCUUUUAUGUAAUGGAAAGCUCAUUUUUCUCCCCGGAGCUGAAUCCUUCUCAGCAGAGUUGAAUCUUCGCACAGUCCUUUGUCUCCUUCUGUCUCUCUCUCUCUCUCUCUGCUCUGCUCUGUCCUACGUGAACAGCCGGCCGGUGGUGCUGCCGGAAUCCAUGCACGAACCGCGGACUGGAUCGCAAUGCUGAGUUCGUGACCUGAGCUGCUGGAAACUCCCGAUCGAGCUCCCGAGCAAUGAGACGCGGAAUCCAUGCCGCAGAUUCGCCAAUUAUGAACGAUCAGGUCACUUAGGUCCCGCUGAUCUCUCGGAAGCGAGGAUUUCCGCCGAUCUUGGCUUCCAGAGCGCCGGCUGUCUCGAAGUUAGCUUUGUUGUCGUGAUUUCUCUGAUUUCGUGGUAGAGAUGUCGAAGGUAGAAUAUGAAGGGUGGAUGGUCCGGUACGGCCGUCGGAAAAUCGGCCGGUCCUUUAUUCAUAUGAGAUACUUUGUGCUCGAGUCGCGGUUGCUGGCUUAUUACAAGAAGAAGCCUCAGAACAAUCAGGUCCCAAUCAAGACCUUGGUGAUUGAUGGCAACUGUAGAGUGGAGGAUCGUGGCUUGAAGACCCAUCAUGGACAUAUGGUUUAUGUAUUGUCUGUUUACAACAAGAAGGACAAGUACCAUCGGAUAACGAUGGCAGCAUUUAACAUCCCUGAGGCAUUGAUAUGGAAGGAAAAAAUUGAGUCUGUGAUCGAUCAGCAUCAGGAAGCACAAGUACCGAACGGUAAUAAGUUUGUUUCUUUUGAAUACAAAUCUGGGAUGGACAAUGGCAGGACAGGUUCGUCAUCAGAUCGUGAAAGUCAGAAUAGUGCCCAGGAGGAGGAAGAUGAACGUCAUCAAAAUCUGUUACGGCGGACCACAAUUGGAAAUGGUCCUCCUGAUUCAGUACUUGACUGGACACGAGAUUUCGAUGUAGACUUGUCACAUCAAAGUAAUGCCAACCAAGCAUUUUCUAAAAAGCAUUGGCGGCUUUUGCAGUGUCAAAAUGGUCUUCGUAUUUUUGAAGAGCUUCUUGAAGUUGACUACCUUCCAAGGAGCUGUAGUAGAGCAAUGAAGGCUGUUGGAGUUGUGGAAGCUACUUGUGAAGAAAUAUUUCAGCUUGUCAUGAGCAUGGAUGGCACACGGUUUGAGUGGGAUUGCAGUUUCCAGUAUGGUAGCUUGGUUGAGGAGGUGGAUGGACAUACAGCAAUACUUUACCAUAGGCUUCAGCUCGACUGGUUUCCAAUGUUUGUAUGGCCACGGGAUCUUUGCUAUGUCCGUUACUGGCGCCGAAACGAUGAUGGAAGUUAUGUUGUACUAUUUCGUUCUAGAGAACAUGAAAAUUGUGGCCCACAACCUGGAUAUGUUCGGGCACACGUUGAGAGUGGAGGAUUCAAUAUUGCCCCUCUAAAAUCUCGAAAUGGAAGGUCUAGAUCACAGGUGCAGCAUCUUAUGCAGAUUGAUUUGAAAGGAUGGGGUAUAGGUUAUUUUCCAUCAUUUCAGCAGCACUGUCUCCUACAGAUGUUGAAUAGUGUUGCCGGGCUGCGUGAGUGGUUUGCCCAGACUGAUGAAAGAAGUACUGCUCCAAGAAUCCCAGUUAUGGUUAAUAUGACUUCAGCCUCAAUUUCAUCUAAUAGGGCUCUGAAACUUAAUGGCUCUGCUGUUCCUCCUGGUCCUUCUCUUCAACAAAUGACUGCUGGAAGCAGGAAUUCUGUCAUGAUGGAUGAAGAAUCUGAUGAGGAUGAAGAAUAUCAAAUUCCUGAAUCAGAUCAAGAGGCUUUCAUCACUCCACCUGAAAAUGAAGUUAAGAAAUUUGCUCUGGAGGAAGAGCAUGUGGAGCAUAUUGAUUUGUCAUGCUUCUCUGGAAAUUUACGGCGUGAUGAUCGUGAUAAUGCUCGUGACUGUUGGAAAAUUUCUGACGGGAACAACUUCAGAGUUCGUAGCAAGCAGUUCUGCUAUGACAAGUCAAAGAUUCCAGCGGGGAAACCUUUAAUGGAUCUCGUUGCUGUUGAUUGGUUCAAGGAUACAAAGAGAAUGGACCACGUUGCCAGACGGAAAGGAUGUGCAGCGCAGGUUGCUGCGGAAAAGGGAUUUUUCUCUCUGGUUGUGAAUUUGCAAGUGCCUGGAUCUACUCACUAUAGUAUGGUAUUUUAUUUUGUAAUGAAAGAAUUGGUAACUGGAUCUCUUCUUCAAUGUUUUGUCAAUGGUGAUGAUGAGUUCCGCAAUAGUAGGCUAAAGCUCAUCCCUUCAGUUCCUAAGGGUUCAUGGAUUGUGCGUCAAAGUGUUGGAAGCACCCCUUGUCUGUUGGGAAAGGCUGUUGAUUGCAACUACAUUCGGUGUCGUAAUUACUUGGAAAUUGAUGUUGACAUUGGUUCUUCUACGGUCGCUAAUGGAGUCCUGGGGCUCGUAAUUGGUGUGAUUACAACAUUGGUCGUUGAUAUGGCUUUUCUUGUACAGGCUAAUACCACUGAUGAAUUGCCCGAACGGUUGAUUGGGGCUGUGCGGGUUUCUCACUUGGAGCUUUCAUCGGCUAUUGUUCCCGAGCUUCCCACUGAAUCACCUUGACCCGAUUUCUGAUUUUUGCUUCGAUUUGUUUGGUGGUAUAUAGAUAGAUGUAUUCAUUCCUGAGUUCACCUUCAUUUGCAAGUGGGAUUUUCCUUCCAAGUACAAAUGAAUUAGUUGAUAUUUGCUUCAUGUUCACAUUAACUCUCAUUUGAGCUUUUGAGUAGUCAAAUUCUCCGAUUAUUCCAUAUACCUUCCUUUUGAGAA